AUGCGCGAUUUAGAGGACCUUUUGCGCCUGGGACAGUUGCUUCCUCUGUACUCGGUACCGUUUACUGUUUGGUCUGACCUACAAAUUAAGCAGGCCAAAGCAGUAGAACCCAAGUCAAUUAUCCCAACCACGAGGCCGGACACGAAUGAAGACUUCUGGGGAAUGGAUGGCAUUGUGAACACAGUCAAAGACAACAUCCAGCAAUCAUUUUAUCUAGAUCCUGAUACCACUGUAGUGUUGUUGCAGCAGAAUGAGCAGGGGACGCUAGUUGAGCCAAUCGAUGUCUUCAUUGGGUCUUUGUUACAUGCUUUCCGAGAAACGUUCGUGGAUAGAAAAACGCCAACUGUGUUCUUUGAAGGACAUGGGCGUGAACCUUGGGACAAGGCUAUUGACGUAACAAAUACCGUAGGAUGGUUCACCUCUAUGUGUCCAAUCUCGAUUGAAAACGAAAAGGCUGCCUACCUGCUCAAAGCCAUCCAAGGCACUCGAGAUUUACGACGCUUAAUCAAGGAUAAUGGCAGAGCUUUCUGGGCUUCUAGGUUCCAUCAUCCAAUGGGACAGGAGCUUUUUGGAAGAUUUAAUGAUGCUAUGUUCGAGGUGGUCGCUGAAGGAGAGUACGAAACCGACGAUCCCUCCAUCGUUCGAUUCGCCCUCUUUGAUGGCUGUCCUUAUCAACAAUGGUCGGAUGAGAGUUCUAUUCACAUGGAACAAAAAGAUGCAGCAUCAAAAGCGUUAGAACACAUUGCUCUCUGCGCUGCGAUACAGCAGCAUAUGCUCAAUACGGAGUUGACCCGACCAGGUUUUAUCAAUUCCGAAUUCCUGUUCCAAAUCUCUCUGCCCGAGCAUGAAAAGAAGAUCGACUUGACUAGCCAAGACUCGACAUCUUUUGCCUACUUUUCCUCCGGCCGCGAGACGCUAAUUGAAGACAUCGAGUCCGUUAUGGGACCAAUGUUCGUUCAGUUAAUUAGCGCAGCGGUCCUUGAUCCAUACUCCAAAAUCAUCGAGCUUAUAGAGCUACAAGAACAAGACAACAUCCGAGCAUUACCAUACCGAAAUGUUACAUUGAGCGAGUUGAAGGGAGAUUGUGGAGAGUCUCCAGCUGAUUUGUCGAAUUCAUACUUCAAUUACACAAAGCGACAGGAGAUGAUGCAGCCUUCAACACAUCGGUUGAUAUUUGAGACGAUCUCUGCUAGAGGUUCAAUACAUCACGCGCUUGGAUUUGAGAUCAAUGAGGUAAGCCGCGAUACCUUAAAAGCUACUAUAAGCUACAGACCAUCAAAGUUAUCUGAAGAGCAGAUGAAAGAUGUUGCGAGGGUUACGAGUCAAGUAUUGUCAGUAAUGGUGGCUUCAACAGAGGAGACCUUGGGCUUGCUGCGUCGACGGUUCGAGGCACAUAUUUAG